AUGGAUCCCAAGGAUUUUGAGGUUGCUUCACCGCCCAGCGAUGGCAUUUCAGGCAUGGAGUUCUCGUCUCAAGCAGACUACCUCGCCAUGUCGUCAUGGGACAAUCAAGUUCGGAUAUACGAGGUACAGCCUACAGGCACCACCGUACCCAAGGCAUCCUAUUCGCAUGAAGGUCCAGCGCUAUGUGUAGCUUGGAGCAAGGAUGGCAAUAAGAUCGUUUCAGGUGGUGCGGAUAAAGCAGCUCGCAUGUUUGAUGUCGCAACAGGUCAAUCAGUUCAAGUAGCACAACACAGCGAGCCGAUCAAAUGCGUAAAGUUCCUCGAUCAACCACAACCAAUCCUCGCCACCGGCAGCUGGGAUAAGACAAUCAAAUACUGGGAUUUACGUUCACCACAGCCUAUUGGCACCGUUCAAUUGCCGGAGCGAUGUUAUACCAUGGAUACAGUGGGUCAACUUAUGGUGGUUGGAUGUGCCGAGAAGAGCAUUUGUAUCUUUAAUCUCAGUAAUCCCACUACAAUCUUCAAGCAAGCUACAUCACCUUUGAAAUGGCAAACACGUGUGGUAUCAUGCUUCCCGGAUCAAAAGGGUUAUGCAGUCGGAUCGAUUGAGGGUCGCGUUGGCAUUCAAUAUGUUGAGGACAAGGAUCAAUCUAAAAACUUCUCUUUCAGGUGUCAUCGCGAUGAAUCCAAAAACGUCUUUUCAGUCAAUGCAAUCAACUUCCAUCCAACUUACGGCACUUUCUCUACAGCUGGAUCAGAUGGCACAGUCAGCUUUUGGGAUAAGGAUUCAAAGCAACGUUUAAAGCCCUUCUCAAGUGUCAAUGGUACCAUUCCAUGCACCGCAUUCAACCGUAAUGGUGCCAUCUUUGCUUAUGCAGUCAGCUAUGAUUGGUCCAAGGGAUACAAGUUUGCAUCUCCCACCAAUACCAACAAGGUGUUCCUGCAUGCUGUACGAGAUGAGGAUGUUAAGCCUCGCAAUGGCAGAAGGCGAUAA